AUUCUUAUCACAUAAAAGCGGUGCGUACAUUCCUGAUUGCACACGAGUUGUUCGGUUCUGACCGGAGCACUUCGACUAGGCCUCCCGCACCUUGUGACAAGUUGCUCAAAGUAAGUGGCUUCCUUUAGUUUUAGCUUUGCGUUCUCAGUCUUUCUUGGCGAUAGUUAAGCUUGUUGUAAAUAGUAGAUGAAGAGUUUAUGACUGUGAGUAGUUUCUUAAAAAGAAUGUUUUCCUAAACUUGAAGAACUGCUAAAGAGAUGGGUUGUGGUUGAAAAAGAGGGAUCGGCUGUUUCUCUAGUUACGAGCUUGAGUUGAGUUAGAGUUGAGUUUGAGUUAAGAUUGAGUUAAAUUUGAGUUACCAAAAGUGCCCUUUUUAUUCUACAGGAAAUGUGUAACUUUCACCGUUUUUUGCUUCUGUUUUUACCUUGUUUGUAUUUUUGUUGCUGCAAUUUUAUGAUUGUUGCGGGUAGAUAACCCCAUGCUAGGGAAAUCGAAACACUUCAUGAGCGCAUGUUAUUGGUGAGCACUGUUUACAUGUUCUGUGAGAAUAAGGUUCUUUCAUCGUCUUCUUAUUUAAACAUAAAACUGUUUUUUUCAGGUCGAUAGAUACCCGGCAUCGUCUCGAGUUUUAACCGAUUUCUCUUCAUAGCUGACAAAGAAAAAGAAUUAAAGGGUCAUCGUGCAAUAAACAAGGGCAAAAGAGAAGAAAAAAUGUAACAACUGUUCUUUUUUCCACUAUAUUGUUAAUGCAAGGCCCCCGGAGCGGAUUUUCAAGUGGGGGGGGGCUUAUGCGAACGCUUGAGCGUGAGCAAACUAGAAGGGUUCUAGGGCAUACUCCCCCGGGAAAAUUUCAAAUCUAAAACUGCCAAUAGCAAUAUAAAUUUGUAAUUAUUACAUCGGCACACAGGCAACGGUUGAGUGUCACCAGGUCAUUUUUAAGUCAGAUUCUUUGAAGGUGCCAAAGUUGUCUUUCCGAUUGUCAUUAAGAGCUGCAAACUCAUUGGCUACAGCUACAAGACAAAGUUUGUCCAUUCUGUUUGUGAGUGUUCAGUAUUUUCAGAUUACUAAACCUUGUUUGUGUGUUAAGUGCCAGAUCUGGGUAACCAAAGUAAAAAAAAAAAAAAAAUUAAACCAUCCGAAAAAGUGGCCCACCACCUGCGCGGUUCCUGUAAUGCACUUGCGACUGACUUUUGUAGCAUUCCAUCGUGUUGUGAUCUUACGGUUUCCAAUAAAUUGCACUAUUAACUGUUGCAUAAUGGACUCUUUCAUUGCAAAGUGCUUUCUGCUUCUCAAAGAAACAGGUAACUUCAAAUUCAAGGGUUUUUUUGUCUUGGUGGCCAUGGAUCCAAACAUUAGAGAGCUUAUUGCCGUCGUUAUAAAGCAACGACUUCGACGACGGCAACGAGAAAUGACAGGCAAAAAAGCAAUAGGCCGGUUCACAGUAGGGACCAAAGUGCAAGUGUAACUGAAGUCAAAUAGGCUUUGAAAAGAAGAUUCAAUAGAUUUCCAGGCAUGGCUGCGCGCGCCUAAAACGUGAGAAGUGGUUUUUGUAUGAAAAGUUCCAAGGUUUCUAAAUUGUUGGUACAAAUACUUUUUCAGCUUUUAUUAAUUUUUGUUCAUUCAUCCAGGUUGACGUUGUUUUUGUCUGCAACUUGUAGUGCUGUAAAGUAAUCCACAUUUUCACGGGAAAUUAAUUAUUCACUACGGAAUUACUAGGUGUACACAACUUUUGUGACACGCCGUUAAUUAAAGAAAAAUGACAAUUUUGUUUUGUGUGCGUGUUUAGAUGCAAAUUACUUGUGAGCACAAGUUGGCGCGCAGUUGAUUGCCUGCCUCACAAUUAGAUCACAACUUUUUUCUCAACCUAGAAUUUUCUACCCUAAGUCUACUUGAAAUACCCCUUCAAAAAACAACUACUAAAAGUAGAAGGUUAGGGACAGAAGUGCAGUAAACAGCACAGAACACAAUUGACGUCAGUGUGACUAAAUUGGAGUGUUUGUCUGGCUUGUGUAAAACAAAGUGUCCGUCCGUUAAUUGCAUCAUUUGCGUAUUUUGCGAGACGUAUAAAUUAGCUGUAAAGAGAAAAAGAUACAUCCAGUUAGUGAACUUUAUUACUCACUCUUGUCUACCUCAAAAAGUUAACAAAGAGAAGUAAACGGCUAGCAUAGCCUGUUCAUGUUGUCCUUCAGCAAAAAAAACAAACAAUUAAAAAAUUAAUUAAAACUGUUCUAGUGAGGCCCCAAACUUCUGUUUAAAAAAUCCAAGCUUUCGCCGAUCAACGGCAUCAUGGGCUAGCAUAAUGUUACAGGUCCGUAGGGAAAGGGGGGAUGCGACGGGUGCGCUCGCAACCCCCCCCCCCCCUACAGGUUCCAUAGGUCCACUUUUUUGUUGAUCAAAGAUUAAAAACAAAGUGAAUUUAGAGUGUUGUUCUAGUCUAAGUCACUGAUUGUCAUCGGCUCCUGUGAUUGUGUAGUAAAAUUGAAAAUACUGCGAAAUAGCUCAUAAGCCUAACUCGCCCUUUUCACAAAACGUGUUUUAGCCUUCGUCAACUAUAAAAAAGGGGAUUUGGUAUACCUACAAAGCAGUUGUGCCUUGCUAAUACGUCACUUGCUCCUUCAUUUUUUGUCCUUAACUGGUAAUGUCUGUUUUGGAUGAUUCGUAGUCAUUGUCGUAUUCCCUGCUAGCAGAGGUCUCUCACGACGAGGCAAAAAUUUUUGCCUCGUCGUGAGAGACCUCUGCUAGCAGGGAAAUUGUCGUAGUGUGGAUUUAGCAGAUAUUUCUGAUAUUUCUUUCUCUGCGAGGUCAUGUGGUCUUGUGCUGUACAGUGAUUUCCUGUAGAUUCUUAUCUUUGAAAACGUUACAGUCAAGAAGACUUUAGCAGGGACUGAUCAAACAAGGUGAAAUAGAGUUUAGUUGCGAUAUUUCGACUGGCCAAUACCAGUCUUCAUCAGGUUUAUUGAGAUAUCACGAAUUUACAGAAAUAUGAAGUAAAAAUGAUGACCGGAAAUUACAUAAUAUGACGUGGUAUGGUGUGGCUACUUAAAAAGACAAGAUAACAAAAAAAAUAAAAGAUAUACUAUAUAUAGUUACAGUUCAUCACGUUUAUUGAUGCCCAGAUGCUCAGUUGUCUUAGCUUCAUGAAUAAGGUGGACUUCACGUGCUUUCCUGAAAGAAUCACGCCCAUUAUCUUUGCUUUAUCAGAAAUUGACCUCUGAUCGCUAGCUGUAGGUGUAGGGAUUUUCCUUUCUCACUUUUAAAAGCGCCCCAUGAACCUUUAGGGUUUGGUUCCAUAGUUUUCUGCAAAGUGUUGGAUCUGAAUCGUCAGUUUAACAGUAUGACAGGGUAUGAGAUUCCCUGCUAUAGUUUUGACAUUCUCGACCCAGCUUUUUUUUUAUUUCGUUUUUUGGCGAGAGCGGUACAACCGUUUCUGACUGGACGCAUUUAUCGAACUGUUUCAGAGAAUGCGAAUUCUUGUCAUUGUUGGGUACACGUUGCGUUGCUGCCUAAUUUCACAUUUUCUGGAGGACGGAAACACCAUACAGCCAUUUUUUUAUUUUUCUUCUUUUUUUGUUAACUUAGAUACCGGCCUUUUAGAAUUCAUCUUCAGAAAAACAUACCAACAUUUGGCAAAUUGAACGACGUGGAAUAUUAGCGAUGAGUUUUGAAACAGCGUGAAUUCACUUUUGUUAAGAUGCUCCAACCUUCUUCAGAAUUUUUGGUGAAACCAUAGGAAAUGUAGAGUGCAUUAUGUGGAGUGCAUGCAGAAUGCUUUCUGCGCUAGUCUUUCGAUCCUUUUAUAGUGAAAUCGAAGAGAAUGAUGACAGGAUUCAAGCUAUGGUAAUUAGACGUUCUUUUCGUUUAAUUUGAAAUAAUUUGCUCACGAUAAAUAGCCUGUUUUAGGCGUUCAGAAUGUGUUCCAGGGUUCUAGAAGGCGGGAUUCCAAGGAAGGGGAGCUGAGGAGGUGGGGAGGAGGGAGGUUGUGGGGGAGGGCUGCAGGUGUCUACGCCCUUUCCCACUUGUAGAAAUGAAAAAUUACGUUGUUUUGAAAUUACUCGCUUGAUAUGUUUAACGCCGAUAAUCUUUGCCAUCACUCGCAUUCACAGAGUUUAAAAAUUAAAAAAACAACGCCCAAAACGGUAACUCAAACCUUACUUAAUCUUAACUCAAACUUGACUCAAACUCGACUCAGACUCGUUACUCGAUCGUCAUCCCACAAAGACACGCCUUACGCUCAAUGAUGCUGUAAUCUCAUUCAUGGUUUACAUAAUUCGGGACUUUUCAUUUGGUCUGUCGUCAUACUGGAUUCUUUUAAACGAUUUUCGUUGGCUUGUUAUAAAGUCGUCUUUUGGUCUUGUGAGAUAAGAAAGACAUUCUUACUCUUCUGAUUUAAACACAGUAAAGGGGAAGGGGUUGGUGGAUACGCUCUGCCCUCCGUUGAGGAGGUACAACGUCGGGGCAGUCAGCCAAAUCCAGUCUAGGUAUAUGUUAAGAUUGUUAACUCUUAAGCCACGUGCAAACGGACGCCACAUUGUUGGCCAACACAACUCCCAACAUUGUUGGGUGUUACAUGUUGCGUCCCUUUGGACAGCCGGUUGCAUGUUGUUGCGCAAAGUUUGAAACCAGUAAAACGUUUAGCCCUGUUGAAACGAACCCAACAUUGUUGGCCAGUAACUCCCAACAUUGUUAGGAGCUGUUAGGUCCGUUUGCACGUAGCAUUACAGAUGGCCUUUUUUUUCAGAUGGUAUUUUUGUGUCAUUAAUGAUUGUCUCGGUCAUCCGGUCAUAUUAAUUUUGCUUGUUUUAUUUAAGUAUACAGGACUGCCAAAGAGAAAAAAUGAAGAGCACUGCAAUUUUGGCGUUUGCUUUGGUAACUCUCUGUGCCAUGGAAUGCUAUGUAUCAGGUACAAAAAUUUAUUAUUAAGUUAUUGUUAGAUUUAUUAUUAUUAGAUUUUGUUAACUAGUAGGCCGACAGGAAUCUUUCACGUGCAACAAGAAUAGAUCAGAAUAUGACCGUCAAAAAUAAACUUAUUUCUAGCCGUGAGUUUUAGAGCGUCCUUUUUAAAAACAGUCCGGCUUUCAAAACAAGUUUUGCGUGAGUCUGGCAGCGAUAGAAAUUUCGGUUAUUUUCAGUCUUUACCAACAGUUUGCCGAACUCUCAGUUACACACACACACAUCAGUGUUUCCAAAAUGGUUGCCACAAAAAGACACUUGUUAGAUGUUUUGGCCCUCUGUGUAUGGAUCUAGUUAUUGCAAAACACAAUUUAAAAAUGUCCUAACUUGCGGAGCUGAGCUUAUAAAAUCAUUACGUCUUUUUCAGCUGUUCACUUUAAGCGAAAGGAGGAACCACGAGUCGCUGAACACGACAGUCCAGGUAAGUUUAUUUUUGUUUAUUUAUUUAUUUAGUCACUCACAAAACAUACAAGCAUUAAGCGAAGUGAACAAUAGCUGUCAAAUAAAUUGUUAAAAAAAAGUUAAUGUGGCAAGGAAGCCUAACGAAUCCUAACUGAGAGCUCAUAUUCAUAAGCCACAGGAACGUGUGACGAACCCCUAAGAACGUCUACGUGGGAGGCUAUAUCAUCCAUAGGCUUCCUUAAGCUACAAUAGUCCCAACAAUACUCGUCAAAAAUCUUGAAACACUUGUGUCUAUUUCCCCUUCCCCAAUGUUGAUUUGGGUAUCUCAGUGGUCUCAGUGCUUCAAAAUACGCGUGGCUCAACAUUAAGGAGGGAGAAGGCACAUUUCAGGGGGGAAAACAGUGUGAAGUAGAAAUAUCAUGAUUUUUCCAGAAAAUUCGAGAGAAACGGUGUCUGUUUCAACGAUUUGUGACGAGUAUUGUAGAUUACUCAGUAAUUACCUGCUUGAGAACAGUUUAUAUAGAAAACAUAAAACUUAAUAAGCGACAGAAUGACCAUCAAUGGGAUAUUUCCAAGAUUUUUUAAAAAAAAACAAAUGUGGAAGAAGAGUUGGUUAAUGAACUAGGCAACGAAAUCCAGAUUUUUGGUCCCCGAUAAAGGAUACUGAACCGCUGAAUAUUCAUUCCACAAAAAUGAGGUCUACAGUAUAUACUUAUAGGCUAGUCGAGUUUCAUAAUGAUGGACCUGGCUACUACUUAGGGACCGUAAGAUUAUUACGCCCCAGGGGAGGGGGGUUUGGGGGGGUGGGGGGGGGGGGGAGGGUACAAUUUUCUAAGAGGCUUGAUUUUGGGGGGUCAAUUUUGAAAAUGCACAAAACGUGAGAGGGGUCGAAAUAUUAAGGCACAGGGCUGGCUUUCUAUGAAACAGUUGUCAAACUAUGUUAUGGUUCUUUGCCAACAAUAAAAUGUUACCCGUAUAAAGCUUGGCCCAGAAACCUAUCAGCUACUUCGCUACCAGGAAUGCAGCGUGCAUGAAGGCACAUACGCCUAUGCAUACAGCUGAAAUCCGGAAAAAAAAAAUAUAUAGAUUUUCUUUUCGUGAGUCUGGCAGCGAUAGAAAUGUCGGUUAUUUUCAGUCUCUACCAACAGUUUGCCGAACUCUCAGUCACACACACACAUUAGUGUUUCCAAAAUGGUUGCCACAAAAAGACACUUUUUAGUUGUUUUGGCCCUCUGUGUAUGGAUCUAGUUAUUGCAAAACACAAUUUAAAAAUGUCCUAACUUGCGGAGCUGAGCAUAUAAAAUCAUUACGUCUUUUUCAGCUGUUCACUUUAAGCGAAAGGAAGAACCACAAGUCGCUGAACACGACAGUCCAGGUAAGUUUAUUUUUUGUUUAUUUAUUUAUUUAGUCACUCACAAAACAUACAAACAUUAAGCGAAUUGAACAAUAGCUGUCAAAUAGAUUGUUAAAAAAGUUAAUGUGACAAGGAAGCCUAACGAAUCCUAACUGAGAGCUCAUAUUCAUUAGCCACAGGAACGUGUGACGCACCCCUAAGAACUUCUGCGUGGGAGGCUAUUAGGGAGCUUAAGCAAAGACGACGGGGAUGUCAGCGAGAAGGGCAUACAGGAAUAGGUUUAGAUUGGCAAAACAACAGCUCUGCACGUGCAUCAUGCUUUUUGUACAUGGCUUUGCCGUCACUGCACGACUACGACGUGAAAAUGCCUAACUUCACGUAUUGUGGAGGACGUGAACACAAAACAACGACUUUGUUUUUCUUUUCCUGAACUUCGUUACCGUCUUAUAAACACGAGAGGGGUUGGGAGAAUUCGAGACAGUUAUGCAAACCCGAGACGAAGUCGAGGGUUUGCAUAACUGUCGAGAAUUCUCCCAGCGCCUCGAGUGCUCAUAUCAGGCUAUGCAAACACAGGAAAAAAGUUUUCUAUUGCUUUCAUAAAAUAACUUUCCCUUUCCCUUUACACAGUCCAGUUUUAAUAUUUAUACAGUCCAGUUUUAAUUUUUACACAGUCCAGUUUUAUUUUUUUACACAGUCCAGUUUUAAUAUUUAUACAGUCCAGUUUAAAUUUUUACACAGUCCAGUUUUAUUUUUUACAAAGUCCAGUUUUAAUAUUUAUACAGUCCAGUUUUAUUUUUUACACAGUCCAGUUUUAUUUUUUACACAGUCCAGUUUUAUUUUUUACACAGUCCAGUUUUAUUUCCUGUGUAGUUACCAGACCUCUUUCGCUCUACUGUAACACGUGUUAUCUCACGGCAGCCAUUUUGUAUUUCCUUGCGACGAUGGAUUCAGUCAUCAGGCAGGUUGUUCGAGAGGAACUGAGAAGUUCAAAUUCUAGUCUUCCAGAAACUGCGUCUUCUACUAAUCAAGAUGAUCAGGGAAGACGUGAAAACGAAUCAGAUGUGGCUGGAUCAUCACGAAGUUCGUUUUCAUCACGAACAGUGGGCCGUUUGGGGUGUUUCUAAAACGAAGACCUAAGACCCCCCGGGGGGGUACUCCCUUAUAAGGGCUUAAUGGGGACGUGCAGCCAGCCAGGGUAUGUUUUUCGGGAUUUUUGUCAUAAACAGGGUAUCGAUUUUAUCAUUUUUUGUCUUAAUCAGGGUAUCGAUUUUAUCAGUUUUUCAAACAGGGUAUCUUUUCUUGAACGAUAAACAGCCUGCGCGUAUGUUCUACGAAUGUCUUAAACAGGGUAUCAAAAUCGGAAUUCUGUCUUAAACAGGGUAGGAAAAUCAGCGAUUUUUGUCUUAAACAGGGUCGGGGUAUAAGGGGCCGGACCGCACCUUCCGACCCAAGGAUAUAUCGAGUACCCCCCCGGGCUAAGACCUAAGACCCCGUGGACUAAAACGAAUACCCUUGGACUAAAACAAAGACACUCUGGACUAAAACGAAGACCCUCGCAGGGUGUUUAUCGUCCAAGAAAAGAUACCCUGUUUGAAAAAUUGAUAAAAUCGAUACCCUGAUUAAGACAAAAAAUGAUAAUAUAAAAUCAUACCCUGUUUAAGACAAAAAUCCCGAAAAACGUACCCUGGCUGGCUGCUCGUCCCCAUUAAGCCCUUAUAAGGGAGUACCUCCCUCCCCUGGGGGUCUUAGGUCUUCGUUUUAGAAACACCCCAACCGGCCCACUGUUCGUGAUGAAAACGAACUUCGUGAUGAUCCAGCCACACCUGAUUCGUUUUCACUUCUUCCCUGAUCAUCUUGAUUAGUAGAAGACGCAGUUUCUGGACGACUAGAAUUUGAACGUCUCAGUUCCUCUUGAACAACCUGCCUGAUGAUUGAAUCCAUCGUUGCAAGGAAAUACAAAAUGACUGCCGUGAGAUAACGCUUGUUACAGUAGAGCGAGAGAGGUCUGGUAACUACACAGAAAAUAAAAAUGGACUGUGUAAAAAUUAAAACACUUACUGGACUCUGUAAAAAUUAAAACUGGACUGUGUAAAAAAUAAAAUUAGACUGUGUAAAACCACAACUGGACUGUCAAAAACCAAUACUGGACUGUGACCCUCUUGGGCCAUCGUAUAGUUAUUUUGUAAAUAUUCAUAGGCUUCCUUAAGCUAGAUUACUCAGUAAUUACCUGCUUGAGAACAGAGUAUAAAGAAAACAUAAAACUUAAUAAGCGACAGAAUGACCAUCAAUGGGAUAAUUCCAAGAUUUUUAAAAAAAAAACAAAUGUGGAAGAAGAGUUGGUUAAUGAACUAGGCAACGAAAUCCAGAUUUUUGGUCCCCGAUAAAGGAUACUGAACCGCUGAAUAUUCAUUCCACAAAAAUGAGGUCUACAGUAUAUACUUAUAGGCUAGUCGAGUUUCAUAAUGAUGGACCUGGCUACUACUUAGGGACCGUACGUUUAUUACGUCCAGGGGAGGGGGGGUUUGGGAGGGGGGUACAAUUUUCUAAGAGGCUUUAUUUUGGGAGGUCAAUUUUGAAAAUGCACAAAACGUGAGAGGGGUCGAAAUAUUAAGACAUAGGGCUGGCCUUCUAUGUAACAGUUGUCCAACUAUAUUAUGGUUCUUUGCCAACAAUAAAAUGUUACCCGUAUAAAGCUUGGCCCAGAAACCUAUCAGCUAUUUCUGCUACCAGGAAUGUAGCGUGCAUGAAGGCACAUACGCCUAUGCAUACAGCUGAAAUCCGGAAAAAAAAAAUAUAUAGAUUUUCUUUUCGUGAGUCUGGCAGCGAUAGAAAUGUCGGUUAUUUUCAGUCUCUACCAACAGUUUGCCGAACUCUCAGUUACACACACACACACACACUAGUGUUUCCAAAAUGGUUGCCACAAAAAGACACUUGUUAGAUGUUUUGGCCCUCUGUGUAUGGAUCUAGUUAUCAAAACACAAUUUAAAAAUGUCCUAACUUGCGGAGCUGAGCUUAUAAAAUCAUUACGUCUUUUUCAGCUGUUCACUUUAAGCGAAAGGAAGAACCACGAGUCGCUGAACACGACAGUCCAGGUAAGUUUAUUUUUUGUUUAUUUAUUUAUUUAGUCACUCACAAAACGUACAAACAUUAAGCGAAUUGAACAAUAGCUGUCAAAUAGAUUGUUAAAAAAGUUAAUGUGACAAGGAAGCCUAACGAAUCCUAACUGAGAGCUCAUAUUCAUUAGCCACAGGAACGUGUGACGCACCCCUAAGAACUUCUGCGUGGGAGGCUAUUAGGGAGCUUAAGCAAAGACGACGGGGAUGUCAGCGAGAAGGGCAUACAGGAAUAGGUUUAGAUUGGCAAAACAACAGCUCUGCACGUGCAUCAUGCUUUUUGUACAUGGCUUUGCCGUCACUGCACGACUACGACGUGAAAAUGCCUAACUUCACGUAUUGUGGAGGACGUGAACACAAAACAACGACUUUGUUUUUCUUUUCCUGAACUUCGUUACCGUCUUAUAAACACGAGAGGGGUUGGGAGAAUUCGAGACAGUUAUGCAAACCCGAGACGAAGUCGAGGGUUUGCAUAACUGUCGAGAAUUCUCCCAACGCCUCGAGUGCUCAUAUCAGGCUAUGCAAACACAGGAAAAAAGUUUUCUAUUGCUUUUAUAAAAUAACUUUCCCUUUCCCUUUACACAGUCCAGUUUUAAUAUUUAUACAGUCCAGUUUUAAUUUUUACACAGUCCAGUUUUAUUUUUUUACACAGUCCAGUUUUAAUAUUUAUACAGUCCAGUUUAAAUUUUUACACAGUCCAGUUUUAUUUUUUACAAAGUCCAGUUUUAAUAUUUAUACAGUCCAGUUUUAUUUUUUACACAGUCCAGUUUUAUUUUUUACACAAUCCAGUUUUAUUUUUUACGCAGUCCAGUUUUAUUUCUUACACAGUCCAGUUUUAUUUUUUUUUCACAGUCCAGUUUUAUUUUUACACGGUCAAUACACAGUCCAGUUUUAUUUUUUUACACAGUCCAGUUUUAUUUCCUGUGUAGUUACCAGACCUCUUUGGCUCUACUGUAACACGUGUUAUCUCACGGCAGCCAUUUUGUAUUUCCUUGCGACGAUGGAUUCAGUCAUCAGGCAGGUUGUUCGAGAGGAACUGAGAAGUUCAAAUUCUAGUCUUCCAGAAACUGCGUCUUCUACUAAUCAAGAUGAUCAGGGAAGACGUGAAAACGAAUCAGAUGUGGCUGGAUCAUCACGAAGUUCGUUUUCAUCGCGAACAGUGGGCCGUUUGGGGUGUUUCUAAAACGAAGACCCAAAAACGAAGACUAAGACCCCCGGGGGGGGUACUCCCUUAUAAGGGCUUAAUGGGGACGUGCAGCCAGCCAGGGUAUGUUUUUCGGGAUUUUUGUCAUAAACAGGGUAUCGAUUUUAUCAUUUUUUGUCUUAAUCAGGGUAUCGAUUUUAUCAGUUUUUCAAACAGGGUAUCUUUUCUUGAACGAUAAACAGCCUGCGCGUAUGUUCUACGAAUGUCUUAAACAGGGUAUCAAAAUCGGAAUUCUGUCUUAAACAGGGUAGGAAAAUCAGCGAUUUUUGUCUUAAACAGGGUCGGGGUAUAAGGGGCCGGACCGCACCUUCCGACCCAAGGAUAUAUCGAGUACCCCCCCGGGCUAAGACCUAAGACCCCGUGGACUAAAACGAAUACCCUUGGACUAAAACAAAGACACUCUGGACUAAAACGAAGACCCUCGCAGGGUGUUUAUCGUCCAAGAAAAGAUACCCUGUUUGAAAAAUUGAUAAAAUCGAUACCCUGAUUAAGACAAAAAAUGAUAAUAUAAAAUCAUACCCUGUUUAAGACAAAAAUCCCGAAAAACGUACCCUGGCUGGCUGCUCGUCCCCAUUAAGCCCAUAUAAGGGAGUACCUCCCUCCCCUGGGGGUCUUAGGUCUUCGUUUUAGAAACACCCCAACCAGCCACACCUGAUUCGUUUUCACUUCUUCCCUGAUCAUCUUGAUUAGUAGAAGACGCAGUUUCUGGACGACUAGAAUUUGAACGUCUCAGUUCCUCUUGAACAACCUGCCUGAUGAUUGAAUCCAUCGUUGCAAGGAAAUACAAAAUGACUGCCGUGAGAUAACGCUUGUUACAGUAGAGCGAGAGAGGUCUGGUAACUACACAGAAAAUAAAACUGGACUGUGUAAAAAAAAUAAAAAUGGACUGUGUAAAAAUUAAAACACUUACUGGACUCUGUAAAAAUUAAAACUGGACUGUGUAAAAAAUAAAAUUAGACUGUGUAAAACCACAACUGGACUGUCAAAAACCAAUACUGGACUGUGACCCUCUUGGGCCAUCGUAUAGUUAUUUUAUAAAUAUUCAUAGGCUUCCUUAAGCUAGAUUACUCAGUAAUUACCUGCUUGAGAACAGAGUAUAAAGAAAACAUAAAACUUAAUAAGCGACAGAAUGACCAUCAAUGGGAUAAUUCCAAGAUUUUAAAAAAAAAAACAAAUGUGGAAGAAGAGUUGGUUAAUGAACUAGGCAACGAAAUCCAGAUUUUUGGUCCCCGAUAAAGGAUACUGAACCGCUGAAUAUUCAUUCCACAAAAAUGCGGUCUACAGUAUAUACUUAUAGGCUAGUCGAGUUUCAUAAUGAUGGACCUGGCUACUACUUAGGGACCGUACGUUUAUUACGUCCAGGGGAGGGGGGGUUUGGGAGGGGGGUACAAUUUUCUAAGAGGCUUUAUUUUGGGAGGUCAAUUUUGAAAAUGCACAAAACGUGAGAGGGGUCGAAAUAUUAAGACAUAGGGCUGGCCUUCUAUGUAACAGUUGUCAAACUAUAUUAUGGUUCUUUGCCAACAAUAAAAUGUUACCCGUAUAAAGCUUGGCCCAGAAACCUAUCAGCUAUUUCUGCUACCAGGAAUGUAGCGUGCAUGAAGGCACAUACGCCUAUGCAUACAGCUGAAAUCCGGAAAAAAAAUAUAUAGAUUUUCUUUUCGUGAGUCUGGCAGCGAUAGAAAUUUCGGUUAUUUUCAGUCUCUACCAACAGUUUGCCGAACUCUCAGUUACACACACACACACACUAGUGUUUCCAAAAUGGUUGCCACAAAAAGGCACUUGUUAGACGUUUUGGCCCUCUGUGUAUGGAUCUAGUUAUCAAAACACAAUUUAAAAAUGUCCUAACUUGCGGAGCUGAGCUUAUAAAAUCAUUACGUCUUUUUCAGCUGUUCACUUUAAGGGAAAGGAAGAACCACGAGUCGCUGAACACGACAGUCCAGGUAAGUUUAUUUUUUGUUUAUUUAUUCAUUUAGUCACUCACAAAACGUACAAACAUUAAGCGAAUUGAACAAUAGCUGUCAAAUAGAUUGUUAAAAAAGUUAAUGUGACAAGGAAGCCUAACGAAUCCUAACUGAGAGCUCAUAUUCAUUAGCCACAGGAACGUGUGACGCACCCCUAAGAACUUCUGCGUGGGAGCCUAUUAGGGAGCUUAAGCAAAGACGACAGGGAUGUCAGCGAGAAGGGCAAAACAGGAAUAGGUUUAGAUUGGCAAAACAACAGCUCUGCACGUGCAUCAUGCUUUUUGUACAUGGCUUUGCCGUCACUGCACGACUACGACGUGAAAAUGCCUAACUUCACGUAUUGUGGAGGACGUGAACACAAAACAACGACUUUGUUUUUCUUUUCCUGAACUUCGUUACCGUCUUAUAAACACGAGAGGGGUUGGGAGAAUUCGAGACAGUUAUGCAAACCCGAGACGAAGUCGAGGGUUUGCAUAACUAUCGAGAAUUCUCCCAACGCCUCGAGUGCUCAUAUCAGGCUAUGCAAACACAGGAAAAAAGUUUUCUAUUGCUUUUAUAAAAUAACUUUCCCUUUCCCUUUACACAGUCCAGUUUUAAUAUUUAUACAGUCCAGUUUUAAUUUUUACACAGUCCAGUUUUAUUUUUUUACACAGUCCAGUUUUAAUAUUUAUACAGUCCAGUUUAAAUUUUUACACAGUCCAGUUUUAUUUUUUACAAAGUCCAGUUUUAAUAUUUAUACAGUCCAGUUUUAUUUUUUACACAGUCCAGUUUUAUUUUUUACACAAUCCAGUUUUAUUUUUUACACAGUCCAGUUUUAUUUCUUACACAGUCCAGUUUUAUUUUUUUUUUCACAGUCCAGUUUUAUUUUUACACGGUCAAUACACAGUCCAGUUUUAUUUUUUUACACAGUCCAGUUUUAUUUCCUGUGUAGUUACCAGACCUCUUUGGCUCUACUGUAACACGUGUUAUCUCACGGCAGCCAUUUUGUAUUUCCUUGCGACGAUGGAUUCAGUCAUCAGGCAGGUUGUUCGAGAGGAACUGAGAAGUUCAAAUUCUAGUCUUCCAGAAACUGCGUCUUCUACUAAUCAAGAUGAUCAGGGAAGACGUGAAAACGAAUCAGAUGUGGCUGGAUCAUCACGAAGUUCGUUUUCAUCACGAACAGUGGGCCGUUUGGGGUGUUUCUAAAACCAUAGUUAUUAGAGGAGACUGGUUAUGAAAGGCGGCAAACAUCAAUGAUAAAAACAACAGUGCUGCAGUUUAUGUUCAAAGAACCGUGAAAGUGCACAAUCCUUUGUUUUCUGUUGGCAAAUUGUUACGGGCAACGCAGCCAGCCAGGGUAUGUUUUUGAACGUUGGAUUUUUGUCAUAAACAGGGUUUAUCGAUUUUAUCAUUUUUUGUCUUAAUCAGGGUAUCGAUUUUUUAUCAGAUUUUUCAAACAGGGUAUCGAUUUUUCAGUUUUUUGAACGAUAAACGAUAAACAGCCUGCGCGUAUGUUCUACGAAUGUCUUAAACAGGGUAUCAAAAUCGGAAUUCUGUCUUAAACAGGGUAGGAAAAUCAGCGAUUUUUGUCUUAAACAGGGUCGGGGUAUAAGGGGCCGGACCGCACCUUCCGACCCAAGGAUAUAUCGAGUACCCCCGGGCUAAGACCUAAGACCCCGUGGACUAAAACGAAGACCCUUGGACUAAAACGAAGACCCUCUGGACUAAAACGAAGACCCUCGCAGGGUGUUUAUCGUCCAAGAAAAGAUACCCUGUUUGAAAAAUUGAUAAAAUCGAUACCCUGAUUAAGACAAAAAAUGAUAAUAUAAAAUCAUACCCUGUUUAAGACAAAAAUCCCGAAAAACGUACCCUGGCUGGCUGCUCGUCCCCAUUAAGCCCUUAUAGGGAGUACCUCCCUCCCUGGGGGUCUUAGGUCUUCGUUUUAGAAACACCCCAACCGGCCCACUGUUCGUGAUGAAAACGAACUUCGUGAUGAUCCAGCCACACCUGAUUCGUUUUCACUUCUUCCCUGAUCAUCUUGAUUAGUAGAAGACGCAGUUUCUGGACGACUAGAAUUUGAACGUCUCAGUUCCUCUUGAACAACCUGCCUGAUGAUUGAAUCCAUCGUUGCAAGGAAAUACAAAAUGACUGCCGUGAGAUAACGCUUGUUACAGUAGAGCGAGAGAGGUCUGGUAACUACACAGAAAACUGUGUAAAAAUGGACUGUGUAAAAAUUAAAACACUUACUGGACUCUGUAAAAAUUAAAACUGGACUGUGUAAAAAUAAAAUUAGACUGUGUAAAACCACAACUGGACUGUCAAAAACCAAUACUGGACUGUGACCCUCUUGGGCCAUCGUAUAGUUAUUUUAUAAAUAUUCAUAGGCUUCCUUAAGCUAGAUUACUCAGUAAUUACCUGCUUGAGAACAGAGUAUAAAGAAAACAUAAAACUUAAUAAGCGACAGAAUGACCAUCAAUGGGAUAAUUCCAAGAUUUUAAAAAAAAAAACAAAUGUGGAAGAAGAGUUGGUUAAUGAACUAGGCAACGAAAUCCAGAUUUUUGGUCCCCGAUAAAGGAUACUGAACCGCUGAAUAUUCAUUCCACAAAAAUGCGGUCUACAGUAUAUACUUAUAGGCUAGUCGAGUUUCAUAAUGAUGGACCUGGCUACUACUUAGGGACCGUACGUUUAUUACGUCCAGGGGAGGCGGGGUUUGGGAGGGGGGUACAAUUUUCUAAGAGGCUUGAUUUUGGGAGGUCAAUUUUGAAAAUGCACAAAACGUGAGAGGGGUCGAAAUAUUAAGACACAGGGCUGGCCUUCUAUGUAACAGUUGUCCAACUAUAUUAUGGUUCUUUGCCAACAAUAAAAUGUUACCCGUAUAUAGCUUGGCCCAGAAACCUAUCAGCUAUUUCUGCUACCAGGAAUGUAGCGUGCAUGAAGGCACAUACGCCUAUGCAUACAGCUGAAAUCCGGAAGAAAAUAUAUAGAUUUUCGUUUCCCGAAGGCAUUUUUAUCAUUAUAUUGGUGAUUUUGUGUUAGGAUUUCCUUUAUCCUUUUACUGAUUAAGUGGAGUGAAAUGGAUCCGAAUGUGAAGCCGCAGACCCUGCAAUGGUUGAGACUUUUGACCAUGCCAACUGCAAUUCUAUCCCGGGGUAUAAUGUAGCUCUCAUAACUUAGUUGAUUUAUCCUGUCAACAUGCACAGCUGAGCGUAGCUUCAGCGGUUUGUGGAGACUGCAAACUCUUUUACGAAGGACCGUGACAGACGAGAGACUGAGCUCUCUUGCAAUUCUUCACAUGCACAUGGCAUUAUAACAGUUUUACCCGUCUGAAGGGUACACAUCUCGCCCGCUUGUAAUUAUAACGUCCUUGAUGGCGCCACUGUUUUACCCUUGUUUGCCGUAAACAGUUUGUACUUUACCGAUCGUCUUUAUUUACUGAAAAUGGUGAAGAAAACGCAAGAGAUGGCACUUCCGAGACCCUAAAUUUGAAAAAUCUCUGGGGGAGCAUGCCCCCAGACUCCCCCAGGUUUCUUCCCCCGCGUGCACCUUCAAAAUCACACGCUAUGUUGUCAACUACCGGCAUCUUAUAGCUUAUGAAAUCAAUGCCCAAGGAUGGAAGAAGAGACUUAGUCUAGAACAGUUUGGAGAGGGGGGGUGCAUUUUAAAAAUAAAAAUUGCCAAGGAGGGGUUCAAUGGUCAUAUGUAAUUAUUUUAAGGGGGUACAGUUUUGAUACACAAUGCUUUUCUGAACGCUUCCCCCCACCCCCGACCGGGAUGUAAUAAACGUACGGUCCCUUAAAAAGAGGUUAAGGAAGCUACUGGCAAAUGAGCAUGGUGAUACGGGUACAUAAAAGAUCAGCAUUGAUGCUAUAUAUAAGUCACGGACUUUAAGUUGGCUAAAUAAAGGCGCGGUGCGACUAGUAAGUGAGCUUUUGCUACCUAAUUUCGCGAUUUUCGCGAGAGAGUAUUUCGCGAGGUUUUAUUUUCGCGAUUUCAACGCGCAAAUAUGAGAAAAGGACAUUAAAUUUCGCGAUUUAAGCAUUCUCAAAUUUCUAGUUAACCUGUAAAGCAAUGUGUGAAAGCUUUACAAAUUAACCUUGUUUCACUCUGAAUAUACAAAACGAAGUUUACCAGUCUAACCAGUUAACAAGGUAUAUUGUCGAUACAUAUCCCGUAUAUGAUGUUGCUAUUUCAAGUUGAUAUUUUUUUUCCUGUGAUUUGAAUUUUCUACACGAGUAUUUAAUUUCGCGUGCUUAAAUUUCACGAGGAUUUAUUUUCGCGGGUCCUUAUUUUUGCGAUUUUUUUGCAAUCGGGAAAACGCGAAAUUAAAGACCCGUGAAAUAAAGUACCAAUAAAGGUAAGUACAGUUUUGGCGUUUGACUUCAACAACACAAGUUCUUACGUGUUAAGCUACGCAACUAAAUGCCUUUUCCAUAUUCUCUCUUUAUAGCGUUCAUCAACAAUGUAAAGGUUGAGGAAAUGAUCCGCAGGGAGCCGUCAGGACACCAUCAUGGGAUUCAUGGAGGGCCCCCGUUUGGACAACAUCAUGGGAUUCAUAGAGGGCGCCCGUCUGGACACCAGCCUGGGAAUCAAAGAUGGUCCCAGUUUGGAUACCAUCGUGGGAAUCAAAGAAGGCCCCCGUUUGGACAUCAUCAUCAUAACAAUAACAAUAACAACAACAACAAUAACAACAAUAACAAUAACAAUAAUAACAACAACAACAACAACAAAACAACAACAACAAUAACAACAACAACAACAACAACAACAACAACAAUAACAACAACAACAACAACAACAACAUUAACAACAACAGCGUUGUAGAAACCCUCUAUUGUGAACAUGGCAAGUCAAGUUGUGAAUGCAACGAAACGGCAGAGUUUUGUAUAUUCAACCUUGAAAUUGACGAAAUUCAAACCUUCACCAGUUAUGAAAAGUUAUUCGUAAAUGAACCUACAGGAAUAGCUACGCGUGGCUUCGAAGGAGUGGGUUAUUAUUUCAAUGAAAGUGGAAUACCAGUGCCUGUCGAUAGCAGGGCCAUGGGACAAUGUAGAACACUGAACAAUGCGAAUUGCACUAGCCCUCAGUUUGUAGAUGGUAAAACGUACCGUAUGGCAAUAGCCGUCAACGGACAGAUUCCUGGACCUACCUUGAUUGUUCACGAGGGGCAAAAUGUUACAGUUCAUGUUCACAACAACCUUACCACUGAAGGUAUUUCCGUUCACUGGCAUGGGAUACACCAGAGAGAUUCACCUUAUAUGGAUGGCGUGGGACAAGUAACUCAAUGUCAGAUAGGACCCUCAUCUAGCUUUUCAUACCAGUAUAAGGCUAGUCCUGCUGGGACGUUCUGGUACCACUCUCACAGUGGCACACAAAGAACAGAUGGCCUUUUCGGUGGUCUUAUAGUUAAAGAAAAAAAAGAAAGAAUGGAAAAUCUCGCUCGGAUUUUAAACCUUGAAUUUGAGGACCUUCCAGAUCAGCAUACCUUAACGCUUAUCGAAUGGCAAAAUCAGGCAUCCUUGGAUCUCUUCACACAGUUUAAAGCUGGUGGUUUUUAUGCAGACAAGCCAAUUGGCGAGGUACCAACUCCAGAUUACAAAAAAUUGUUCCCCACCGUUAGUUUUGAUAAUGGAGGGGCUGGCCCUAUCCCGUAUUUUUCUGGAAUCAUAAAUGGCAAAGGAAGACAUCCUGAUGUUCCAUACAAUAAAACAAGACUGAGCAUAUUUACUGUUAAGCCCGAAACGACAUAUCGCUUCAGACUGAUUGGAGCCCAAGAAGGGUACGCUUACAAAUUCUCCAUUGAUGGUCAUAAGCUGACUGUGGUGGCCACAGACGGCUAUUGGAUUAAACCCAUAGAUGACGUUGACUAUAUCAUUAUCCAAACUGGAGAGAGGUAUGACUUUCUACUAAAAGCAAAAGAAAACGUAAAAGACUACUGGAUACGUGCAGAGACACUGGAGAUAAAUAAAACCUCGGAAGAGCCACCCUACCCGACACGAAACCAUGUGGCAGAGGCUAUUCUGCACUACAAAGAAGGAACAGAGAGGGGAAAUCCGGAUGAUGAUAUACCGUCCACAGAAUAUGAAAGUAUAAAAAAUAAUUCUCCAGCCCGUAAUUGCUCCAAAGACAAAAAAUGCAAAGCGGUGAACUGUCCAUUUGAGAAAUUCCAUCCCUCCUAUAACAUUACCUGUAUUAACGUUCAAAACUUUAGUUUACUUGAGCCAACUCCAGACAACGAACUUCCAAAACCUCAAGCAAGUUGCCAAAAUUGUACGCAUUUCAUCAAUUUCAAUUUUGAGGGUUCCUCUACUACUAGUUCAGUGAAUGGGCGCAAUUUCAUCCUUCCCUCCUUUCCACCCCAAACGCAAAAUAAAGAUUUUCGCACGAAGUCCCCAAUUUGUAACAACAGUGCUGAUUGCAAUCCAUCGACAAUCGAUUGCUCGUGUGUCUAUAAGAUUGACAUUCCAUACAUGAAAACUGUUCAAUUCGUGUUUUCAAGUAUUGGCAGGAUGAGCCAUUCUCAUCCAAUUCACCUUCAUGGCCAUUCAUUUCAUGUUGUUCAUGUUGGAUAUCCAGAGUAUAAUCCGGACGAUGGUUUUGUCAAAGAACACAACAAAGAUAUUUCCUGUGAUGAUGUCAAUUGCACAAAGGAUGGCUGCGACAGUAAGAGUUGUACCAGACCAAGGUGGGCGAACGCGACAAUGCUCUUUUCUAUAAAUCCAUAUACGGUAAGGAAGGACACAGUUACAGUCCCUGCCGGGGGAUACGUUGUCAUCAAUUUCAUAUCCGAUAAUCCUGGCCAUUGGUUUCUUCACUGCCACAUAGACGGGCACCUGCUUGAGGGAAUGGCAUUGAUUGUCAAUGAAGCCCCAGAGGAGCAACCAAAGUUGAAACCACCCCCAGGGAUUGAGAAAAUUAAGUGUGGAGACUUUGAGCUUCCCAAACCGUACUGAUAUAGAAUGAACAAUCAACUGCCAAAGGAAAGGUCAGCAUUCUCAGCAGCUAUAGUUAUCAACUAAAGCACGCCGGGUCAGCUGUCGCGAUUUUUGGGUCAGUUAAAGCCAAGGAACUACUUUUACAGUUCAAGUUCAUCUGUUUCAGCCCAAAGUUUUCAAGAUAGUAGAACUUAAUUUUGUACUCCAAACAUUCGUAUGUAUUUUGUUUUUCGAUUUUAACGGUUUUUGGCGGCAAAACUCGGUCACAUGGUUGAGAGCAAAAUUUAAACUUCAACAAGUGACGUAACAAACAGCUUAUUUUUUUAAAGAGCACGACGGGAUAGAGGCAAAUGAGAAAAAGAUUUUUGAAAAGCUCAGUUUCUUUAAGAGAUAUAGCAUUUUGAAAUGAGCCUGUGUUUCCUUAAAAAUAGUAGCAAAAUGGCAGGAAAUUCAAAAAUCAAAUCUUAAUAUCUUCUUAAUCAAGUGAUUUUAUCCCAUCUCUUGAAAAACUAUUUGUCUUUAAUUUGUUAUACCAUUAGUUGAAAUUGCAAUUUUGUUGUCAAUCAUUUGACGUCAUUUUCCCGCCAAAAACCGUUAAAAUUGAAAAACAAAAAACGUACAAUUGUUUAGAAUACAAAGUUCUACCAUCCUACAAACUUUUACCCUGCGAGCAGAGGCUCGCGUUAUUAGAUGGCCAGCUCAUACCGCGAAAAUGUAGCCUCUGCUUGCGGGGUAACAAACUUUGGGCUCAAACCGGCAAUAAAAGCUGUAAAAGUAGUUCCUUGGCUUCAAGUAAGUGACCUGAAAUAUCGCGACAGCUGACCCGGCGUGAAGUAAUAAUUAGAGAACAGUUAAUGGCAAUAUGAGGGCCAAAAGCCGUACUUCUGUACCUCCACAAAAACACUUAACUAGUAAUGUCUCGUAAAAGUUUGAGAUGGCAAGAAAGAGCUCUGAAGAAACUUGAGGAUACAAGGCUCCUGCUUUCGCUGCGUUUCUUGAACUUUAAAAUUUCCACUCGUGUUCCUGAAACUUGUCAGAACGAUGGAACAGGUAUUUUUUUCCUAAAGAAAAAUAUGAUUGCAAAUACUCGCAUCCAGACUGUGUUACUGCCAGCUUUGUUGCCACCGCCGUAACGCCUUUGACUUAAACACUUAAUAUGACAGUUUGCUAAACAGCAAAGAAUUCUCAGAUCAUUUCAUGGACUAAUUAGGUUUUAACUAAACAGAUGAUUUAAAACAUUUGCUUCAGUAUUUCGUAAUAUUUUAAUCGCCAGCCAAUAGAUAAACGUAUUACACAGGCGUGUAUCUGCGAGUUUUCGAGGAAUGUCUUGUGGUAUGAGCAGCAAAAUUACUAGUUAGCCAUGGUAUUGGGAAAAAAUUGGAGUUGUUUAGGAAGAUGUUUCUAAGCUUUACAAUUGAAUUCCAUUUUCUUAAAACCUCUAAUGACACCUAAUGAAUCGUGUGGGGCAUACAUUUUUUCAUUGCUUUUAUCUAGUUUGUUUAGGAAUCCUGUCGAGGUUAGUAUUCAUAACACAUAACAGAAUUAAAUAGAAGUGUAAGUUGCUGCGAAUGUUGGCCAGUGAUAGCAGAAGCACCCCAGCAUAUGUUUGGCUUGUCAGGGGUGGGGAAGGUGGGGGGAGGGGGGUUGGUGGAGAUCACUACUACAGUAGCAAGACAGUAGUUACUGCCAACUAGUAGGCAGGAAUGUGGGAUCAUCCCC